AUGAACUACAAUAAUUUGACUGUAGCAGGCCUACGAGAAGAGCUGCAGAGUCGUAACUUGCCUAGUACUGGUAUCAAACUCAAGAAAGACUUGAUAGCUCGCUUACAGCAAGACGACACAGCCAAAGCUAAUGUCGACGCGUCAAGCUCUGCUGUGAAGAUAGAAACCAACUCGGACUCAUCUGCCACGAAUCAUGCAGAAGACGAGCCUUCAGAGUACGGAUCCGACGACUUGUUCGAUGAACUCGAUGCAGACGCCCUAGUCAGUGCGAGUCAACAGUCGCAGUCAGCCCUUCCCAACCCCAACUCAUCCUUUGCUGUCCCACCAACACCGACUCUCAAGCGUCCUCUCCCACAAGACCAAGAUGAAGAUGAUUUCUCUGGUGACGACGUGUUAGAUGAUCCGAGCAUUGAAGAGAUAUGGACCUCGUCGCAGCAAGCAGCACGCAACGCCGAACCACCCGCAGACAAGCCUGAACAUGUUGCCCUCAUCCGCAGGCUGUUGAAGGAGAAGUUCGGCUACCCAGCCUUCCGAGGGGAGCAAGAGAAGGCUAUACUGUCCAUAUUGAGAGGCGAGAACACUUUGACUGUCUUUCCGACAGGCGCAGGAAAGUCCUUGUGUUAUCAGAUCCCGGCAAUUGCCUUUCCACUCAUGGACAAAAUGAGCGCUAGCGAACGCCCAUAUGGAGCUGGUGUUACGCUCGUUGUUUCGCCCCUCAUUGCUUUGAUGAAAGACCAAACCGAUGCUCUGAAAAAACGAGGCAUCGCAGCCGAGUGCUCUGACUCGACAAAGACGUAUGAGCAGCAUCAAAAGAUUCAUGCCGACAUCCACUCUGGCAAACUUCGUCUUUUGUAUGUAAGCCCUGAAAAAUUGAGUAACGAGGCAUUUGUCGCAAGUAUGAAGCACGUCCCAGGAGGAGUAAGGCUUGUCGCUGUCGACGAAGCCCACUGUAUCUCCGAAUGGGGCCACUCGUUCCGUCCAACCUACCUGAUGGUCGAGCGCUUCACGAAAGAGAUCAAGGCUGAGAGAGUCAUCUGCUUGACUGCGACCGCCACUCCGAAGGUCGCUGAGGAUGUACGUACCGCAUUCAACAUUCUGGAGCGCAACGAGUUCCGUACUAGUCCCUACCGUGCCAACCUUAGACUGGAAGCGGUCGCUACGGACUCGCAGGAAGCCAAGCUCCCACUGUUGUUCAAGUGGCUAAGAGAACAUCCCGGCAGUACCAUAGUCUACGUCAGUCUUCAACAACAAGCAGAGGAUAUGUGCAAGGUACUACGCUCAAAGUCAUUCAACGCCGCUUUCUACCACGCUGGCAUGAAAGUUGAAGAGAAGACGGCUGUACAGGACAGCUUCAUGGCUGAUGAGAUCAGGAUCGUGGUUGCAACCAUCGCUUUCGGCAUGGGUAUCGACAAGUCAGAUAUCAGAAACGUGGUCCAUCUUGACCUUGCUUCUACUGUUGAAGAGUACAGCCAGCAGAUUGGUCGUGCGGGAAGAGAUGGAGAGCCCGGCUAUUGCAUCAUGUUCAUCUGCCAUGCAGACAUCUACUUGCGCCAGAACUUCGGUCUCGGCGAUCUGCCCUCUCGCAACUCAUUACUAGGUAUGCUCAAAGACGUGUUUGGACGCGAACGUAUACCAGAUACCGAAGGAGAGGUGAUUAAGUUGGCGCAUCGCGAACUGUCAACUCUUUACGAUAUUCGUCUUAGUCCUCUAGGUGUCGUUUUCGCAGCGCUCGAGUUGAGGUUCGGUCUCUUGCGUGCUAUCACACCAGAAUACACCAACUACCAAUUCGAAGACAAGGGUCGCUAUAACGUAGUAGCAAGCAGUGAUCAUUCACCGGAAGCUGGAGCCAUCUACUCCAUGUCGACCAAGGCCGUCAAAAACUACACUUUUGAUAUGAAUGCAGCAUCCAGAAAAGGACUUAUGCGUGCGGAUAUCGUCAGAAAGUUAGACAGCUGGAACGCUACUGGAGUCAUCAUGCUGAAGACUUCCGGAGUCAUGAACCGCUACCGGCUCCUGAAUUCUCUCCCCACAGCUGAGGAAGACAUUCAGGCUUUAGCCGACGACCUGUAUGCAGACAUGGCCCAGCGUGAGAAAGACGCUCUUGGGCGUAUUGACCAGAUGGUGGGUCUCAUCACAGGGACAAGCUGCCUCGCUCUUGGCCUUGCGCAACAUUUUGGCAUGGACCUACCGGAUGGCAGGAAGUCAUGCGGGCAUUGCACUUACUGCGCUUGGGGAGAAGCAGCGACCUUAACACCAAAACCAACUCCACCACUGAAUGUGGAAGGUGUCAAGAAAGUCUUAGCUGCUUGCCCCCAUGAUGAUCCAAGACUUCUGGCGCGUGUCGCUUUCGGAAUCAAGAGUCCGAGAAUUACUCAGCUUAAGCUCGACAAAGGUCCAGUGUUUGGAUCGCUGGCCGAUCACGAGUUCAGCACUCUUCUCCGAGAAUUCGAGGCAGCAUGUAGAACAGCUGCCCAUGGACCUUUGAACGUGAUGCCAACUCCACCGAAGGCUAAGAGCACUUCGAGAACGACAUGGAGCGCCAGCCACUCUGGCUCAGCUGGUAGUCCCAGAGGUCGCGGAGGGAGUAGUCGUUACAGCACGAGCCGUGGAGGGAGUAGUCGUCGAGGUACAAGUAGCUACAGCAGUGGCUACAAGAGAGGAAGUAGCAGUAAUGGAAGCAGCUACAGCAGAGGCGGGUACAAAAGAGGACGCGGUUCAUACGGCUCGUAUCGUUGA